AUGUCCCCCACGACAAACGGCCCGUCUGCUGAGCAGCAGCCUCAACCGCCGCCGUUGCGUUCAGCUCUCAAGAGUGAAGAAGACAUUGAACGUCCAUGUCCUCCGAGCGGUUCUCUUAAAGCAGUACAGAUUGCCGAACCUGAGUCCGAAAUCCAGACCCUCGAGGAUGAGUCGCAGCCCACAAAGCAGUUUUCUACCAACCUUCGGCGGCGCUUGAGCGGCAAGCCUUCGUCUUCACAGCUUCCCAACAGCUCUUCUAGGUCUUCGCUCAGUGACGGUCCUUCCACUGUUCGUGCGCCCGAAGAGGCCCCCCCAACCUCGAACCCAUCCUCGCAUCACCACCAUGGCCACCGACGACAAUACUACAGCGAGAAACUUCUUGCUCAGGUAGGAGAUUGGCUAGAGCACGAACGUAAGAAAUCACAUGCCAGGAAAUCGAACAAAACGAGCCGGCGGCGCAAGUCUAAGUCGCCGACCAAGGACAUCAAAGAGACCAAGGGAAAGAGCAUCGAGGGCGCCGAACCCGGACUCCAACUCCAACCCUCCCAAGGAUCGGAACAAAGCAGCAAUACACGACCUCGCUCUGACUCUACCGACUCUGAAUCCAGCGAGAUUUCUUUCGAUAGACUUCAGCGUAUCCUGGAGGAUUCGUUGGCUCAGAUGGGCAUCAACUCGAUGCCUCACUUCCCUCCCAAGCUGACCCGCCCAAAGCAUCGAAAAGUCCCGUCCCGUUCUUCUCUACGUGGUGGACCAUCGUCUGAUACCGAAUACGCGGAUGGUGAUGCCAUUGUACCUAGCUGUGAUGUUUGGCUAGACAACUCCAAAACGAUGAGCUAUGGCGGCGGCGAUGCAGAUGCUGAAGAUCAGGAAAUUAACGAUCCCGAAAACAAGAUGGACAAAGAGAAGGAGUGUUGGUUCAACUUCAAGAACGAGAUCAUUCGCAUUACCCAUACCUUAAGACUCAAAGGAUGGAGGCGCAUCCCCUUGGGUGGCGGUGACAAGAUCUCAGUUGAGAGGCUUAGUGGUGCCUUGACCAAUGCAGUCUACGUCGUUACACCCCCGACUGAAAUUGAUGAGGCGGAUGGCAAACGAAAGCCCACCAAGAUCCUUUUGCGUAUCUACGGGCCACAGGUUGAGCAUUUGAUUGAUCGAGAAAACGAGUUGUCAGUGUUGCAGAGAUUGGCGCGCAAGAAGAUUGGACCUCGCCUGCUAGGCACAUUUCAGAAUGGUCGUUUCGAGCAAUAUUUCGAAUCCAUCACGCUUACGCCGGCGGACCUUCGAGAUGCCGAUAUGUCUCGCUCAAUUGCCAAGCGAAUGAGAGAGCUUCACGAUGGUAUUGACCUUCUCCCGCAUGAAAGAGAAGGCGGACCGGCAACGUGGAAAAGUUGGGACCAGUGGCUCGACAAUGUCGAGAGGAUCGCUAAUUACCUCGACAAGGAGUACGAGAAGGAGGUUCAAGGUCAGAACGGUCGACGUGACUCUGUUGUUCAUGCUUGGAAGUCACGAGGCUACGUGUGCGGUACUCCUUGGCCUCAGUUCAGGGACAUGAUGACGAAGUACCGGGCCCAUCUCAACAGCUUCUACAAGGGCGGCCAGAGAGAUGUCAAGGACAGCCUCGUGUUUGCGCAUAGCGAUACGCAAUAUGGAAAUAUCCUCCGCAUUCGUCCCGAUGACGAAAAGUCACCGCUCCUCCAGGCUGCUAACAAACACAAGCAGCUCAUCGUCAUUGACUUCGAGUAUGCCGGCCCCAAUACCCGUGGUCUCGAGUUUGCCAAUCAUUUCAACGAGUGGACAUACAACUACCAUGAUGCUACGGUGCCCUGGGCGUGCGACGUGCGACGAUAUCCUACACCCGACGAGCAACGUCGUUUCAUCAAGGCCUAUGUCGAUCAUCGUCCCCGGUUCCAAGGCAACAACUCCACGCCGCGACUGACUCCCGCCGAUAGUAAUGUGUCGAGUGGCAUAUCCACGCCACUUGCGACACCCACUAACCCUCCUGCUAACAGCUCGAGCUCCAUUGUCGAAUUUAUGCUUGACGCACGAGUACCACCGGGAGGAUGGAGUGCCGCAGAACGAGCCAACGACGAGCAAAGGGACCAGCGCGUGCGAGAGCUGUUGGAGGAGACCCGACGGUGGCGCCCAGCCAAUCAUGCCCAUUGGAUUGCGUGGGGUAUUGUCCAAGCCAAGAUUCCAGGGCUUGACGAUUCUAUCAAGGAAGAAGAUUUGUUGAGUCCUGAUGAGUUCGAUUAUUUGAGCUAUGCCCAGGACCGUGUUAUGUUCUUUUGGGGCGAUUGCGUGCGUAUGGGUCUCGUCAAGUUGGAAGAACUGCCACCUAUGCUACAGACGCUGGUCAAAACCGUCGAGUAUUAG